AUGGCUUCCAAACUCCUGCGUGCGGUCAUCCUGGGGCUGCCCAGCUCGGGUAAGGGCACCGCAUGCCAGAGGAUCGCCCAGAACUUUGGCCUCGGGCAUCUCUCCAGCGGCCACUUCUUGCGGGAGAACCUCAGGGCCAGCACGGAAAUUGGUGACACGGCAAAGCAGUUCCUAGAAAAAGGUCUUUUGGUUCCAGAUCAUGUGAUCACAUGCCUAACAGUUUCAGAACUGGAGACCCGGAGCACCGAACACUGGAUGCUAGAUGGGUUCCUGAGGACAUUAGUACAGGCAGAAGCCUUGGACAGAAUCUGCAAUGUGGACCUUGUGGUCAGUUUGAAUAUUCCUUUUGAGACACUUAAGGAUCGUCCGAGCCAACGAUGGGUUCACUCUUCUAGUGGGAGAGUCCGUAACCUGGACUUCAACCCGCCUCAAGUGCAGGGGAUUGAUGAUGUCACUGGUGAGCCACUUGUCCAGCAGGAAGAUGAUAAACCUGAAGCAGUUGCUGCCAGGCUAUGGCGGUACAAGGAUGCGGCGAAACUAGUCAUCGAACUGUACAAGAGCUGCGGAGUGCUCCACCAGUUUUCUGGGACGGAGACUAACAAAACAUGGCCUUAUGUUUACACGCUUUUCUCAAACAAGAUCACACCUAUUCAAUCCAAGGAAGCAUACUGAGCCUGCCAUCGGAGGAACCAAGAAGACAUAGUCGUUCACUCAAUCAUGCGUGCAGUCCUGGUGCCCUGGCCAAAGCAGAAGCUAGCUGAGACAGCGUGCAGCAUCUUUUCUAGUUUAAGUUAUGAAGUAAUGAGGCAAAUCUAGUGGGUAGAAAGAAUUCGUGAAGAAGAAACCCUCCUGCCUUUGAAAAGAAGGUAUAGCUCUGCAGGUACAUCACGCCCUUCACAGGGAAAGUGAGUACAGACUGGAUGUCCACCAGUGUUGA